AGUACGUCUUUAACAAAACAAUCAGGGGCUGGUGGAUAUCAAAUGCGUUCUCUUCGACCAAAAUAUUGUAAAAAAUCGAUUCCUUAAAGCUUUUCGUAGUGUGAUCGCGUUAAAGGAUGGCGGAAAGCGAGGUGGACACGCCGAGCACCCCGAUAGAAUACGAAAACAAAUACUUCGAGUAUCAUGGAGUUCGACUCCCUCCUUUCUGCAGGGGCAAGAUGGACGAGAUCGCCAACUUUUCGUUAAGAAACAGCGACAUAUGGAUCGUCACGUAUCCCAAAUCAGGUACGAGUUUGUUACAGGAGGUAGUGUAUCUGGUGAGCCAGGGAGCUGACCCAGAUGAGAUCGGGCUCAUGAAUAUUGAUGAGCAACUUCCAGUGUUGGAAUACCCACAGCCGGGAUUGGAGAUUAUCCAGGAACUGACAUCGCCUCGUCUGAUCAAAAGCCACCUGCCAUACCGUUUCCUGCCCACAGCAAUGCACAAUGGAGAAGGCAAGGUGAUCUACAUGGCCAGGAACCCUAAAGAUCUGGUGGUGUCCUAUUAUCAAUUUCAUCGCUCUUUAAGAACAAUGAGCUACCGUGGAACAUUCCAGGAGUUCUGCAGACGAUUCAUGAAUGACAAGUUGGGAUAUGGCUCCUGGUUUGAACAUGUUCAGGAGUUCUGGGAGCAACGCAUGAACUCCAAUGUUCUCUUUCUGAAAUACGAGGACAUGUACAAGGAUCUGGGCACCCUGGUGGAGCAGCUGGCACGGUUUCUGGGUGUUUCCUGUGAUAAAGCGCAGCUGGAGAGUAUGGUGGAGAGCUGCAACCAGCUCAUAGAGCAGUGCUGUAACUCUGAGGCCCUGUCCAUCUACCGGGGUCGUGUUGGGCAGUGGAAGGACAUUUUCACUGUGUCCAUGAAUGACAAGUUUGAUAAUGUGUACCUACAGAAAAUGGCAAAGUCUGACCUUACCUUCGACUUUAAUGUGUGAGGAGGCGACUCAGUCUGUGGACUAUCUGUCAACUGUUUAAGGAACAAACCAACCAAUCAGUUCACCUGCUGAUCUGCUGUGCUUAAUGUCACCUGAUGGACAUUCCCCGUCAUUGAGAUUUAAUCUUUACAUCCCUACCCCUUUUGCUCUUAUUAGUUACACAAAUGUUACUUCUUGGAACUAAUACAAAGUCCAGUCCUAAUGCUUUGUUCAGACAGGGAGCAAAAAUCUGAUUUUAGUGCAUAUCUGACUCAAAUCUGAAUUUUUGGUAGUCUGAUAAAAAGAAAAACCCGAUCCAAGCCUCAUCCAAAUGUGGUUUCAAAUUAUUAUUUGUUUUUGGAAUGUGUCUCAGUCUGAACGGUCAGAUUGGAUUUAAUAUUUUUCCGUCAUAUAGGAAGCAACGCUUAUCUGCACAAUAUUUUUCGGAACUGUGUCCGAGUACAACCAGUUUACUAUAUUUUCACAGUCAUUCCUAAAAUUCAGAUUUAUAAUGUGUGCCCAAAUAUUAGGCAAGUGAGUAUUCUGAUCUUAUCAUUAUUUCCGUGUACAUUUUCCAACUCCAAACCAUAUAAACUUGAAUGCUUAUUGGAUUCAAUCAUUUUCAGGUGAUAUAUAUUUAUGUAAUGAGGGAAGGUGUGGAGAAAGUGACUAACACCUUAUAUCAAGGUGUGCAUAAUUAUUGGGCAUCUUCAUUACCUCAGGUAAAAUGGGGCAAAAAAGUGAUUUAACUGACACAGAAAAGUCAAAUAUUGUAAAAUGCCUUUCAGAUGGAUGCAACACUCCUGAAAUAGCUACACUAUUGAGGUGUGAACACCAGACAAUCAAUAGUUUUGUUGCGAAUAGUCAUCUGGGACCAACUGCAAAAGACUUGAGAAGAAUUAAACAUGAAGCUACCAGGAACCCAUUAUCCUCCCAUAAUGCUACCAUAUUCCAUAACUGCAACCUACCUGGAGAGUCCAGAAGUACAAGGUGUCAAGUGCUCAGAGACAUGGACAAGGUCAAGAAGGCUGAAGCACAACCACCACUGAAUAUAUUCACAAGCUUAAGCGUCAAGAUUGGGCAAAGAAAUACAUGAAGACAGAUUUUUCAAAGGUUUUGGACAGAUGAAAUGUGAGUGACUCUUGAUGGACCAGAUGGAUGGGCCCGUGGCUGGAUCACUAAUGGACACAGGGCACCACUUCGAGUCAGGUGCCAGCUAGGUGGAGGAGGGGUACUGGUAUGGGCUGCUCUCAUUAAUGAUGAGGUAGUUGGACUUUUUGAGUUGAAGAUGGACUGAAACUCAACUUUCAAACCUACUGCCAGUUUCUGGAAAGUACUUUCUUCAAGCAGUGGUACAGGAAGUAGUGUUCAGCAUUCAAGAAGGCCAUGAUCUUUAUGUAGGACAAUGCUCCAUCACAUGCAUCCAAGUACUCCACUGAUUGGCUAGCCAGUAAGGGCCUCAAAGAUGCCCAAAUAAUGACUUGGCCUCCUUCUUCACCUGACUUAAAUCCUACUUGUAGGCCCUUCUCAAAUGUGAGAUUUACAGUGAGGGAAGACAAUACACCUCUUUGAACAGCAUUUGGGAGACUCCAUGGAUGGAAGGCUCAUGGCAGUUAUUGAAUAGAAGGGUGGCUAUAUUGCUCACUGAAAGGCCAAAUAUUUUAUUUAAUUGUCAUUUUGUGUUACUUAUUUGUUGCACCUACUCUAAAAAUUGAGAAUAAACAAUUGAGUUGGGAGAAAUUAUUUGUGUAAUUUAGUUGCCUAAUAAUUGUGCACACUAAUAGAUGCCUAACAAUUGUGCACACUUAUAUAUCCCCCCGAGAAAGACAAAACUCACUUUUUCUUUGUUAAACAUUCAGGUUUGAGGUUCAAUAACAUUUUGGAUUCACUGAGAGCAUUGUGUUUGUCCAACAAUAAAAUUAAUCCCGAGGAAUACAAUUUGUCUAAUAAUUGGGCACGCAGUGUUAAAACCAAAUCGGAUUUGGUGCAGUGCGAAGAAAGUCUAACAGGCAUUUUCAGAGCUUUCUAUUGUGUGUAUUUGUAUAAGCAGCAGUGCUUUAGACUGAAGUGUGAGCACAGUGCUUGUUGCGUUUGUACAUGUUACAGAGCUAUUCAUAUCCCAAAGGCUCUCAUGAAAUGUGUAUAUAUUAAAAAUCAUCAAUAAAUUAUUUUAGACUAUAUUCUAUAUGCUAAAAACUAAAACCCAUAUAACAAACUCUCAGAGAAAAUUGUUGUCUGACCGUCUGAGUGUUUGAAUUUCUCAGGAGGAUUCUUUCAAAUCAUCGACUACCCGCUGCAACACAUGCAGUCAUCCAAUCACAUCUCAGGUAGUGGAAACCUGACCCUCAUAAUGAAUGCUGAUUGACAACUGUCCAAAAUAUCUCUAAGUAUGUCUGUAUUCUAAUAUCUUUUCUUUUCAUGCACCUGUUUUUAAUGGCUAUACAGCUUUGACUUAAAUUCCUGUACAGCUAUUCAUUUACAAUGCAGUAAAUGUACUGAAUGUUUUUGUUAACUUUACUCACUUGUGCAUGUUUUGCAUCUGGGAACUUGCACCUGCGAGAGUGUGGCUAUAAUUUCUACACAUUGCAUUGCACAAUCUCCCUCCGGCCCAGUCUGUGAAUCUGCCUAAAUGCGAAGGAAGAACAUUUAGGGAACAUUUUACACUCAGUUACACGCAUUUCAUGUUAUAAUGUGUCAGAAGUGUUGUUAUGAGCAGGUAUCUCAUAAUUAGAUCAUUAUGUCUCAGUUUUAAAGCAUAAAAGAUGCAUUAAGGUAAAAACGUUUCUUCGAAAUACCAGCACUCAUAACUGUCAGGUUUAAUCUCACAAAUGUUCACAUAUCAAUCAAGAAGCUCCAGAGGUUCACCUCAUCACAGGCCCAAAACUCUGAAUUGAAUCCUUAAUUAAAUUUCCAUGCAUUUUCUCUUUCAUUAUGGCCAGUAUCACGUCCCCUUUCCAAUAAUUGCUUCUUGCCUCUGGAUUUAUUUGUCUGGUGCCACUAAAUGUCAAGAAACAUAACUCUUAUAGACGCUAAAUGGGGACUCAAUAUUGAUUUCUUUUCAUUCUUGCUUGCUGGUUUAUUAAUAAAGUGACAUCUUCGGGCCUUGAGGUUCAGUUUGCAUACUGUGUCUGUUUUUGCAAUGUCGCUAUUUAGAUGAUGAUGAUAAUGAUGUUUAUUAAUUAAUGCUUUCUUUUCUAAUUUUUUGCCUUAGAGCAUUACUGGUAAAUAUGUAUCAAAAGGCUGUUAAUACAAAGAGUGGCUUAAUUCUGAGCUUCUGGAUUAACAACAGUUGGAAACUGAAGCAUGCUGACUACAAAGGGUUACUAAAUGAGCACAGAUGGCACCAAAGUUCAUUGAAGUUCCUAUGGCAACAAAUCAGCGCCUGUGAUACACAGUGUGUCAUUUAAUUUGCCAGUCAAAUAUAUAAAAAUAAAUCAGUGCUGAAAAUGACAGCAAGUGUUGACAAGGAUCUCUCAUUAGUAUAAGAAAAUUGUGAAACACAAAGUAACGUUGUGUUUUUCAAUAUUACUUAAUGCACAUUUCACAAGAAUAGCUUAGUAAUAUUAAAAGAGCCAAAUCAUUCUGUAUCACAUUUAAAUAAAUACAUGCAUGCAUGUACUGUAAGCAAUGUUUUAUCAGGCAAACUAACAAAUGUGCUUCUUGUGAUAACAUCUAAAUGAACUGCUUUUAUUCAAGUCAUAAAUAUAAUUUAAUAAGGCAUAUUUAGCCUACUUUA